CGAUCAGCUGGGGAUACAACAAAAGCAAACCGUUGAGGGGAGCGCUGUCUGGCGCUGUCUCAUGCCGUCAGUGAUUUGGACCUGAUAGUGCCCGGCGGCCGAAAGUCCAUUCGAUAUUUUGUACGAUAUAUCUUAAUGGGGCACCAGUUGGGAGAAUCAAAGGAGCUUCUCCCGCAAGCUCUCAGACAUAUUGAAGCUAGACCCCAUUGUGACGGCUGUCAAAGACUACGCGAAGACCGCACUUGGAUUGUGGAGUCCAGGCCAGCGAGGGAGUGAAACAGGAAAGGGUAUAUAGUUAAGGUCUUGCGCAAGGUAAAGCAAGUUAGACUCACCACAGGGCGUGGUCCUGUGGCCGAGUGGAUAUCCAGCUAACUAUGAAAUCGUUCUGCGGUUUCGUAGGGCGGGAGGUCAUCGGUUCGAGUUCUGUUUCGAGGUUCUUUCUACAGUUGAAUUCUUCAAGCUGCAACUUGAAGAAUCUUGGAAGGAAGGCGCGCCCCUUGAACAGUUCUAAGAAUGAUGGCUUUCCCGCCCGAGCUUUAUGCCGUUUUCUUUUGCCCCAGUUUCAACGGCUUUCCUCUUCCCGCCUUGAGCAAGAUCUCCAUCGACGGCCGGAGAGUGUCCGGGUCGGAUAUCGCGUCCACCGUAACCGCCAGCGCGAUGCGGUGGGAUCUAUCGUGACCUUGCUACUAGUACUGUAUCUGCGGGAGUGCAAACAGAGGAGGCAGUGCCUUGAGCUGUCUGCAAGAUCGUGCUUAGGAGUACUCAAGCUGCCUAAAAACGGAAACUCGGGAAUCCUAUACAGAGAAAUCGCAGUGCGUCGGAUCCCAUGAGGAUGCGUGCCUCUCUACACUCGAUGGUAGCCUUGGGUCUAGCUUCGCUAUGGGGUGAGAUCACGGUGGAAAAU